AUGGCCCGCAUUCGUACAGCUAUUAUCGGCCUCUCAGGCAACGCCAUCACUUCAUGGGCCAGUAACGCCCAUCUCCCCUACCUACUAUCGGAGCGCGGCCGCUCCAAGUAUCAAAUCGUCGCUCUGCUCAACAGCACCGUCGAAUCGGCCCAAAACGCCAUCAAAACAUUCUCCUUGCCCUCCGAAACAAAGGCAUACGGCAACCCCGACGAUCUCGCCCAGGACCCGGAUGUCGACCUGGUCGUCUGCGCAACCCGUGUCGAUGCACACUAUAAGUCGACUUUACCAAGCGUUCGCGCGGGCAAGCGCGCAUUCAUCGAGUGGCCGCUGGCGCAGGACGCAAAGCAUGCGCAGGAGCUUGCAGAGGCAGCGGCCAGCCACGGCACGCGCACUCUUGUAGGCCACCAGGGCCGCUUUGCUCCCGUCAUGGUGAAGCUCAAGGAGGUGUUGGAAAGUGGCCGUAUCGGCAAGAUCCUCAGCAGUGAUGCGCGUGCCUUUGGCGGUACCAAUAGUCGUGAAUCGGUUAGUGCUGGGCUGGCAUAUUUUACGGAUCGCGCCGUCGGCGGUAAUAUAUUUACCAUUGGGUUCGGACAUUUUUUUGAUGGCUUGCAAUAUGUCCUUGGAGACUUGCAAGACGCGACCGCCCACUUCCAGCUGCAGCGACCGGAAACCAAACUCGUGGAUUCGAGUGGAAAGGUGGUUGACACAGUCACUUCCAACGUUCCUGAUCUCAUCAUCGUAAACGGAACCUUGAAUGGGGCUGCUGGUACCCAACAGGGUGCUACGGUUUCUUUGCGCUUCCGUCGCGGUGAGCCCUUCAAGGGUGAUCCUGGCUUCGUGUGGAACAUCAAUGGCGAAAAGGGAGAGAUUCGACUGACCGCGGUGAAUGGACCCACGUUCCAUGCCGCAGCCGACAACAAGACGGUGACUCUCCAAAUGCAUGAUUUUGAGACUGAUCAAGUCGACAAGGUUGAUUGGGACUGGAGCGGGUGGCAGGCUGAGCUGCCCUUGGUGGCGCGCAGUAUUGGCACGCUCUAUGACAAGUACGCCAACGGCCAGAAUGAUACCACAGACGGAGUCCCGUCGUUCCGUACGGCUGUGCACCGCCACCAGCAGCUCGAAGCUCUGCUGUCGCAGUGGGAAGAGUAG